GCCCGCCACGUUUCGCCAGUCUUCUUAGUUGUUCGUUGUUCUCUCGUCUCGUCAGUAAUUUCAUAGCUUCUUAUCCAUUUACGUGAUCCAGAUAACAACUUAAAAUGAGUGCUGCAGCACCAGCUCCAGUUCAAAAAAUAGGAAUAGUAAAGCAGGUAUUAUCGGGAGACACUAUCGUAAUAAGAAAGCAGCCGAGAGGCGGGCCUCCUCCAGAGAAAGUGAUAGCCCUGUCGGGCAUCACGGCCCCCAAACUCGCUCGCCAGCGCACUGCCAACAAUGAUGUGGAGUCAAAAGAUGAACCUUUUGCAUGGGAGGCGCGCGAGUUUUUAAGAAAGAAGCUGGUUGGGAAAGAAGUGAUUUUUACAUCUGAAAAACCUAAUAACUCUACAACUAGAGAGUAUGGAUCUGUGUGGACAGGAAAAGACACCACUAAAGAUGAGAAUGUGACUGAAGCUUUACUUGCUGAAGGAUUGGCAAAGGUCAGAGAAAGCGGGAGAAAUAUCCCUCAGCUGAAGAAGCUCGUCGACAUUGAAGAUAUUGCCAAAUCACAAGGCAAAGGCAUUUGGGGCUCUGAUAUCAAUGGGCAUGUCCGAGAUAUCAAAUGGACCAUUGACAACCCAAAGCAGUUUGUGAACAAGUACAAUGGGCAACCCAUCAAAGCCAUCAUUGAGUAUGUCCGUGAUGGCUCCACUGUCAGGUUAUGCUUGCUGCCUGAUUUCCAUCAAAUCACCUUGAUGCUGUCUGGAAUUAGAUGUCCUGCAGUAAAACAAGACGGCGAGUCAGAGCCGUACGCAGAAGAAGCUCGUUUCUUCCUGGAGUGUCGACUCCUACAUAAAGAUGUGGAAGUGAUUUUGGAGUCUGUGAACAACAACAACUUGGUCGGCACCAUCCUGCACCCGCAGGGCAACAUCGCCGAGGCUCUGCUGCGACAGGGCUUCGCCAGAUGUGUCGACUGGUCACUCGCUGUUAUGAAAUCAGGUGCAUCGACGCUGCGAGCCGCCGAGCGCGCCGCCAAGGAGGCCAAGCUCCGCAUGUGGACGAAUUACGUUAGCAACGCGCCCGUCAUCGCCGCCAAGGACAAGGAGUUCACAGCCACCGUGCUCGAGGUGGUCAACGGCGAUGCGCUCGUCGUCAAGCUGCCCAACAACACCUCCAAGAAGAUAUUCCUGGCCAGCAUCAGACCCCCGCGCGAAAAGAACAGCGCAGAUGAAGAGGGUAAGCCAUCAAUCAGGCCGAAGGGUUUCAAGCCACUGUAUGAUAUCCCCUGGAUGUUUGAAGCUCGUGAAUUUUUGCGAAAGAAGCUCAUUGGCAAGAAAGUAACCGUGACUGUAGAUUACAUUCAGCCGGCCAAGGACAACUUCCCUGAAAAAACAUGUUGCACCGUUCAAGCCAGUGGAAUGAACAUUGCAGAAGCUCUAGUAAGUAAAGGCUACGCAACAGUGGUGAGGUACAGCAAAGACAACGACCAGAGAAGCUCCCACUACGACAAACUGCUCGAAGCGGAACUUAAAGCUCAGAAGGCAGGAAUCGGCAUUUACGCUAAAAAGGACAUCCCGGCUCAUCGCAUACAAGACACGAGUGGCGACUCUGCAAAAGCUAAAAAAUUCUUCCCCUUCCUAAAGAGAGCCCAGAAAACGGAGGCCACAGUCGAAUUCGUGGCGAGCGGUUCUAGAAUGAGAAUAUACAUUCCUAAAGAAUCAGUUGUUGUGACAUUCCUACUGGCCGGCAUCAACUGCCCGCGCGGCGCGCGUCCCACGGCAGGCGGCGGCACACAGGAGGCCGAGCCCUACGGCGAGGAGGCGCUGCUCUACACCAAGGAGAAGUGUCUGCAGCACGACGUCGUCGUCACCAUCGAGGAGAUGGACAAAGCCGGCAACUUCAUCGGCUGGCUGUGGGUGGACAACGAGAACCUGUCCGUGUCCCUCGUGGAGCACGGCCUGGCCUCCAUGCACCACACGGCCGAGACCUCCGAGUUCGCUCGCGCCAUCAAGACCGCCGAAGAGAACGCCAUCAAAAAACGAAUCGGUAUAUGGAAGGAUUAUGUUGAAAUAGAGAAGGAAAUCGAGAAGGAGAAGAAUGCUCCAGUUCAGGACAGAACCGUGAAAUACGAUAAAGUGAUCAUCACCGAAAUUACACCGGAAGGCCACUUUUACGCACAAAAUAUUGAAAAUGGUGCAAAAUUGGAAGCUUUAAUGGAUAAAAUUCACCAAGAGUUCAAAGCGAAUGCGCCUUUACCAGGGUCACUCGUACCGAGGAGGGGUCAAGUUUGUGCGGCACUUUUUUCUCUAGAUAACCAGUGGUACAGAGCCAAAGUAGAAAAGAUCACUGAAGACAAAAAGGUUCAUAUAUUCUACAUUGAUUAUGGAAACAGAGAGGUGAUAAACUACUCCCGGCUGGCGAACCUGCCCGCGGGCACGGAGUCGGAGCCGGCGUACGCGACCGAGUACUCGCUGUGCUGCGUCAAGUUCCCGGCCGACCCCGACGACCGGCUGGAAGCCGUGACCGCCUUCUCCAUGGACACGCUCAACAAGAAGCUGAUGGUCAACGUGGAGGCGCGCGCCGCGCCCGCCGCCGUCACGCUCGUCGACCCCGCCACCAACCUUGACGUCGGCAAGAACCUGAUAAAGGAGGGCCUAGUGUUAUUGGACGCCGUUCGCGAUCGGCGACUGGCGACCCUGGUGAGCGAGUACCGCGCUGCGCAGGAGCACGCCAAGAGCUCGCGGCUCAACCUGUGGCAGCACGGCGACAUCACCGAGGACGACGCCGUAGAGUUCGGCGCGCGCCGCUAGCGCUCCGUCUACCGGUUCCUCCACACCUCUACACUACUACUACGUACCGACAGGAUCCACCAUCCCACAUUGUCUGGACGCUAUCAACGAUCUAAACUUUCUUCUUUGCGCUGCCUUGGUAAUUCAUGGAACUAUUAAGACAAUCAAUUAAAGUUGUGAACAUUAACCUCCUGGGCACGACUGGGUAUUUUUAUAACUUUUAUAAACAUAAUGAAGUAGGUCUACUAUGAAAUAGGUCUUAUUCUGUAAUAUAUUAAACGCGGCAUUGACUGCAAUGUAGUCAGAAAUAAUACUUCUCUAUAUUGAAAAAAGAAUUAAUCUGUAAAUAUGCAUUUAGCAUAGUUAUUUAUCCUCUGUAAACUGAAAUAAUGUUUUUUGUUAAGAUACAAUGUCUAAAAUCAAAUUGAGGGAAAGUCAUGUCGCAAUGGGAACACUCAGGAGGUUAACUGGCGAUGUGAACAGAAGUAGCACCAACCGCACGAUGUGUGCCCUCCGCCGCGGACGCCUCGCCUCGCCCCGACCCGCUUUUAAUCUUACACUACCGAUAUAGCCCUAUUGAUCUUAAGUAAAAUACCUUAUAGAUUUUAAAUCCAGAUGUAUAUACAUAAUUAAUUACAUUUAUAUUUCUGCCAAGCGAGAGUACGACAUAAUAAAAUUAAAUUUAAUGUCAACUACAAAGUCAUACUCAUAAUACUAUUGUAAAUUAUAAGUGUUAUCAGCAAAUCGUACGUACCUAUAUUAUUUACGUCAAAGUUAUUUUAUUUAUUUACAUGGUCAUAAUUUAUUUUAAAGAAAUAAAUGAACUGAUACUGAUUAAGUGUUAUUUCAAAAUGAAAUUCUGUGCUUUAGAGUAAAUUUUGUGUCAAUGUAGACCAAACAAAUCACCCAAAGGGGAAGUGCAAGUUGGGUCUUUGAUCAAACUAUUUGAAUUAUUUGAGCUGUUGUUAAAUAAAAAUGAUACCUGUCAAAAUGAGCGAGUUUUCUGUUGGAAGUUCAUGAAAGGUUAGAGUAGACAAGUACCCUGCAAUAAGCACCUUAACCCAUUUCGAGAAAUAUAGCAUUUUUACUGUUACCGAGUAAUGUCUUCCUUGGAAACGGUAAAUGAUUAAAAUUGAUGUAUUUGCAUAAUAAGAUUAAUAAGUAGUUAAAAUGUAUCAAAUGAUUUUUGCCGUGCUAGUGGCGGAGUAAAUUAUGUUCAAGUUAGUGCAAUACAGGCGCCCGCGCCGCUUGGCGCGGUUGAUCUUUGGCGACGGCCUGACAGUGACACCGGACUAAACGGUACUUUCAUCGCGCUUAUUUUUCAAGAUAAAUUUUGUCAACGUUGUUUUUCUUUUUUUGUUUGUAUAUUAGUUUUCGUAUUACAAUCGUUCUCUUAAGUCUGAAUUACUACAUAAUAUAACUUUUAUUAUUUUUCUGAAUCAUGUUUUUUCUUGAAUGUAUGAAAUAAUUAUUAACUUUGUAUUGCGUACUUAUAAACGUAUUGUAAACCUACCUCUCUUCUUGAGAUUUUUAUAAGGUAGGAGAUACUUUGUUUACACAUUAUGUAUUUAAGUACCAUAAGGUGCGUGGAUUGUUAAAAGGACUUGGUAUAUUAAAAUAAAUAAUUUAGGAAAAAACGAAA